GAGGGACCACUCAAUUACUUUAAUUCGAUAAUGAAAUUAAUAAAGUGACCACUACUUCAAUAAACACAGAUAAGCAAUGCUUGUAACGUCUAAUUGCUAUAAUAUUAUGCUAUAUUAUAAUUACGAUGAUUAAUGGUACCGAAGCGGCUCCCUAAGUUAUAUUUUCACAGCAUAUAUUUUUUAUAUGGUACAUCAUUCAUUAAGUUCAAUGCAUUAAAUCUCAGAAGUCUUUAUCAGUAACAGUAACAGUGUGUAAGAGAAACGACAAGUCUGAAACUAAAAAAUGUUUUCCGAGGAGGAAAUAAAAGUUAUUGCUCAAAAACAUGGAGAUUUUCAUGUGAUUGACUGGAAAGUCGUGAAAAUAAACGAACCUUUGAUAGGAUACCUAGCAGAACAUCUGAAACUGAUCAUAACUGUUGAAAGUAAUCGAAAUGUUAGUGAGCUAAAUUGCUUCGUGAAAUGUGUUCCAAGAUUCGACAGAGAUAAAGCACAGUAUAUUGUUGAAAAUGGCUUCUUCAAGAAAGAAUACACAAUGCUGAACACACUGUUCAAAGAAGUCGGCGGUGAAGAAGGUCCACGUCAAUGGCGUCCAAAAGUGUUAUACAUAAAGCCGGAGUUGUUUGUGUUUGAAGAUGUAACAGAGUUAGGGUACACUAUGCCAUAUUACGAACACUGCUUGAGUGAGGCGGAAAUAUUCGCAGCGGUGGAAGCGGUGGCGAGGUUCCACGCGCAGUCUUACAUUUAUGAGGAAAGGAAAUCGCAAAUACUAAAACGACCGUAUCGACUGUGGGAGGAUUUCAGCGAAUACUUUCAAGAGCCGUCGCAGAUGGCGUGGCGGCACACGGGGAUGAAAGCCGUUAUCGAUGUCCUGAUAAUAUAUUCUAAGCAUAAAAACGCACCGGGUUUUGCUAAACGCUUAUAUGAGACCAUUUAUAAAUUAUGUAAUGAGGCUGUUGAACUAACGAAACCGAGUUCUACCGUUCGAAACGCCGUCGUACAUCGGGACCUGUGGACCAACAACAUAUUCCUCAAGAGCGAUGAACGCGGCACCCGCGCCUUGCUCAUUGACUACCAAACAGUGCUCUAUUGCUCGCCAAUGCUCGACAUAUCUUCUCUUUUAUACUUUAAUACGACAAGAAGCUUCCGUGAACGUUUCUUAGAUAACAUCCUUAAUUUUUAUUAUGAUAUGUUGUCACAAGAACUAAGACAGGCAAACAUUGAUGUCGAUACCGUUUUUGAUAAAGCCGCUCUGUUAAAAGACUAUACGAAGAGUAUUUUGUUCGGUAUUAUUCAGGCUGCACUUAUAGUUCCAGUAGGAAGUAUGAACAUGAAAGAUAAAUUAAAAAUCUUUGAUAAUCCAGACACAUUUUAUCAAAUCAAUGAGGUUUCCAGAAGUGAAGAAAUAAUUGAAGUAGCCUCGCGCGAACAUCUGUACCGUGAAAGAGUGCUGGAGAUAUUUGAUGAACUCGUGGAAAGAUUUGUGCUUAUCUAA